GACUUAUCAUCAUUACACGGAGUAGCAGCCGUGAGAUAGGACGUCUCAACUUUCUUCCUCGUUCCGCUUUCUUAUAUCGCCCCAGCCAGGCCUUACUUUCAAAACUAAGAUUUUGCAUUGUCUUCCGAGGGAUAGUUUAAGAAACAUGCCGACCCUAGCUUCUGCCGAUUCUCUGGACUACCAAGGAGGUAAGCAGUAUGGAGAACUCAAGAGGAGGCAGGAGGAGAUGCUGGAUGAGAUUAACCAGGAGUUCCUGACAGAUGACGACUACAAAGAGGUGGAGGAACUGGCCGACAGGUUGGAGUCAUCGAAAAAGACGUUCAUGGAGAUGGAUGAAAACAACAACGGAGAGCUCGGUAUGAUGGAGGUGAAGCGUAUGAUGGAGAAGUUAGAUCAGGCCAAGACUCACCUGGAGUUGAAGAAGAUGAUAGCGGAAGUGGACACCACCGGAAGGGGCGUCAUCACCUACAGGGACUUCCUGGGGAUGAUGCUGGGCUCCAAGAGCUCUGUUCUCAAACUGAUCUUGAUGUUUGAGGAGAAGAAGAAGGAGAAGGAGAGGCCGAAGGGAGUAGCGCCCAAACGUGACCUCGCCAGCCUACCCUAGAUCAACAUUAGAUAACGCCCGGCCCGUCCCUUGCCGCUUUCUACUAGUCUAUGGAAGAAUUGAGUGAUGGUUUACUCUAUUGGAACCUUUUGUACAUACAUACAUCAAUGAAAUAACGAUUUUGUAAGGAAUGGUUUUGUAUGGGCUCCUUUAAGGUGGCGUGAAAAGCGCAUUAAGAUCAGGCGGAGUGCUUGGAAUGCGUUUUCUUUUUUUUAACGAGGUGGUCCUAGAAUCAUGUAGUCAAAUUCAUGUAUUAGUUCUUAUUGUUUAAUCUUCCAUUAAUCACAGUGUAGAAAUAGAAUGUCGAGAUUUAGAUAACCAAGAUGGAUGUGUAUUGGUUUCCAUGUAUGUUAUAUGUAACAUGGGAAGGGCUAUAGAUGGGUUACAAAUAGUUAAAAAUGACCAUUAUAUGUAGGCUAGAAAUGUGAUGCAGGUUUUAAAGCAGGGCUUGGAGGCAUCUGUU